AUACCGCGGGCAGAGUUAGACAAGAGUGACUGUCCGACAUGCAGAAAUAUAUACGAGUGUGUGCUUCGGCAUUGCGAGUCCUGUUCUUCCGCCUAUCAGCCUGUUGCUCCGUUAAUGCUUGAGUAUAGGCGUAUUCUGAAAACUGAAAGAAUAAAAGCUAGGUUUAUAGGUUUUAGACUGAAAACUUAACCUGAGAACAGAUAAAUACCAGUAUCAGAUUCUUUAAAGUGAACUGCCCAACGAAGAAAAGCCAUGAAUUACAAGCUCUAAGCAGUCGGAACUCUUGCACUGAUGUAGAUAUUCCCAGCAAGGCAAGUGCUCACGAAAUAGGCUGAACUGUGACAUUCGAACACGUUAUGACCAAUAGCUAGAUUUAACUUAAAGGAUCUUUAAUGUUUCUCGUUUUUAUUUUUUAUUAUAUUAUCAUUAUGUUUUUCCUAACUCCUCCAACCGGAUUCACUGGUAAUUCUGUGAAAUAGGAGGAUUUACGAACCUCGCCCUCUAAUGCCUUUUCGUUUUAAUAUGUCUCCUGGGUUUUGGGAAUUCUAGUCGUCCGUUCUUCCUGUAACAAACUUGUAUAGUAGAGGCCUAAGACGGGCCGUGUUAUGAAAUAACAGCUUAACGUACUUGUUCGGUCGCAGUAACAAAAACUAUGACAUUUGGAACUGUGAAAAACUUGGCUGUUGAAAAAAACAGUCUGCCAGCUGCUUAUUUAUUUUAUCUGACUAGCUCAUUACUUGCUCGAAAUUCUGUUAAUUAACUUUUUCGUGUACGUCCCGCACACUGUUUGAAGGUUCACCAGAACUUUCACCUCGAUCUUUGGCCUUAGUUAUUUAGUGAUUAGUUGACUCACUCACUAUAGACGCCAAAAGUGACAGGUUGGAAACUUCAGUUUGUUUAUCAAGACAUAUCUUUACUGUUAACUAUAGUGUAAUCGCCACUAUGUGUAUAGACCGUCACAGCUAAACGUCAACUGCUUUGAGGACUUACUUGUGCGUCUCAUGUAAAACAUGAUUUCACUACACCUAACACCUUCUUGGAAGAUUUGAAGAACAGCACACCUGGUAUAUAUAUAUAUAUAUAUAAAAGAUAGCAACAACAAAUAAGGCUUAACAGAAUGGAUUUUAUUGUACUGAAGGUAAAUGGGCAAGAUUUGUCCAAGGCUAAUCACGAGGACGCUGUAGAAGCAUUCCAAACAGCGAAAGAACCAAUCAUCGUUGAAGUUCUACGGCGAAGCUCCAGCAAUUUUAAGCCUAACAUGGCCACUGAAUCGACUGUAAUGCCAUCUCCAUCUCCAAUUUAUUGUGAUAGUUCUACACAGACAGAAUGGUCAGGGGGGUGGGAAACGUCAUCCAUUGGGUUUUUUCCAUUUGGACAGACAAGCUUGAUGCAGUCCGGUGGUCACUAUCAGAUGUCUUUUCUAGAAGAUGACGUAAUGGAUGGUCAAUUUGAUCCUAGUGCUGGAGAUCCAGAUCAGGACGAUGAAGAUAUGAGAUGUGACGUUGAAUACGAGGAAGUGACAUUGCAUCGUUCUGGGAGUCAAGAAAAGUUAGGCCUAACACUUUGCUAUGAAUCAACAGAGGAAGUAGAAACAGACAUAUUUAUAAGUGAGAUUGAUGCCGAUAGUAUUGCAGGGAGAGACGGAAGGAUCCAGGCCGGAGACCAAAUAUUACAGAUUAAUGGUAACGAUGUUCACAACCGUGCUCAGGCAAUUUUCCUGUUUUCUGAAAGCCGACCAGACUUCACUCUCUUAGUGGCUAGGCCUCAGCUGCAGAUGGAAGACUGCCUAUUGGACGACCAUGCGGAAGACUAUCCUCUUGCAAUCUGUAGCAAUCAGAAUGUAUUACUGGCGGUGAACGAAGAUGAUGAAGGAACGGACACGGGUACCGGGGAAAAUGGCUUCAACCAACAUGAGAAAGACAGCGGAGUCGGAAGGACCGAUGAAAGUACCAGGAAUGACGAAAGCUCUGAGCACGAGGUAGCAGAGAACGAGUAUGCCGGUUCAACAGGAAGUAUGGGUACCACGCGCCCUCUGGGAGUGAAGCGUGAGAUAGAUAUGUCUAAGAAUAGUGUCAAUUCUAACGAGCAAGACGACAUGGACGGAGAAAUCACUCCCGAGGACUGCGAAAAGUUUCGAGAAGAAUUAGAGUUAAAAUGUGCAAGCACUAGCACAACCAGUUUAGUAGAUAUUCACCAAAAUGAAGAUUUCCUACGUAUUCAGUCUGAUUCCAGCCUGGACCGCGAGAUGGCUCUGUUAAAUCAAGAGAUGAAAAGUAUUCAGUUAGAAUGCGAAUCUCUUGUCACUCGCCAUUCGAAAGAACAAAAGGUACGAUUUUCCAAUGAGCAAAUUUAUUCCAACUUAGAAGAUCCAAAACUACUUCCUGAGAGUCGAAAUCGGCCAACUGUAGGGAAGAAAGAGUCCGUUGAGAGAUGGGUAAAAACCACAUCUCAGAAUCAGAAAUUGAGAGUUACUAGUUGGGGUUCUAGCGGUGACAGCUCUAGCGCUUACAACACUGGCGAGAGCUCGCGCAGUACUCAUUUGACUCUAGAAUUGAACCCUAUGCCCCUUGCUUACCGGCAGAACAGUCAUCAUGGCUCCGUGAUGUCCCUAAUUGCGCCCAAAAUGGAAGAUAAAAGCACACAGCUUCAAGAGUCUGAUGUUGCCAGUAUCUUCAGUUGUGACAGCUGUCGCCAGUGUUGUCGCACUGUACUUCAAAGUGACAGAGAAUCUUUACAGAAAUGUGAUUCUCCCAAACCACCUUCAACACUCUCUCGAAGUGGCAAUAGGAGGAUGGUGAGUAAGGUCACACCCAGUGGACAGCGACCUCUUCCUAAACAUAUCGAACACAUAGAAAAGAAUCAGAACUAUGUUACAUUCUAUCCUUCUACGACUAUGUACACCAACGAGCAGAAUCUUCAGCACACGAUCUUACUGCAACAACAACUGUUCCGUCAAGCUUUGGCACAAAAACAGCAGAAGAAGAAAGAUAUUCUUGACCCACGCUGUCCACUUGGCUCAAAACCUCAGGCGUCGAUGUCCACAAAUAGCUACCUUAGCAGUCUCUGCAAGAACAUGACCCUCAGUACUGUAAAAGAAGACGAAGAAGUGAAGAUGGAGUGGAAGGUGAAACGAAGAGCUGAUGGAACAAGAUACAUUACUCGUAGGCCUGUAAGAAACAAGCUGCUGAAGGAACGAGCCAUGAAGAUAAAUGAAGAACGUUGUGGGGUUACUACUGAUGAUGAUGCCAUGAGCGAGCUCAAGAUCGGUCGUUAUUGGUCUAAAGAAGAUAGAAAACGCCAUCUGGAAAGAGCACGUGACCGAAAACGGCGAGAAAUGAUGAUGCGUGCUAAGAUGGGUUCUGUUAAAGAGCAAGCUGAGGAGAAAGAAGGCGGUCAACAAUUAAAUGAAACUAAAAAAGAGAUAAAUAUAAUCGAACUUUCUCAAAAGAAGCAGACUAGAAAGAAGAGUAAAGCUGGAGUGGAUAAUUUCACAACCGUCCAGGAGGUAUUGGCUCACGGUAGUAAAGGUCAGACUGGAGGGGUCAAGCCAUUUGGACUGUUUUCGGUUACAACAGUGUGAAAGUGGUGUAUAUAGUGUUGUAUAUGUGCGCUUUUUGUACAGGACAGUUAUAUGAUAGGGAUUGAUGACCAAAAUUUUACCAAAAUUCCUUGUUGUAUUAGAUUCUUGAACGACUAUUUUUUUCGGUAAAUUAUAUGUAACAUUCAGAGUUUUAUAAACCAGAUGUUUUCAACAGUACGUGAUUAUUCCGUGAAAAAAUACGUGUGUUGGUACACGUUUUUACCGUAUAAUGGUGGAUAUGAUAAAAGUCUGCUGGGCUAGAACGGCAUUUCCAAGUUUUGAAAUGAUACAUAUAAUCACGAAAAGAAGGCUGAUUUAUCAACUAAGUAUUUAAAUGGUGAUUUAGGUUUCCUUGUUGUUCCUUUAUGCUUAAAAGAUUUUAAUUUUUGUGAACAUUUCCUGACAACACAACUUACGUCGUUUUGUCUGAUGUAAAAGCAGUUUUAAUUUUUGGGGAGUUCUGUAACAACCGAGACGAGGCACAGAAGUAGUAGUAUAUGCUACCUAAUAAUUAUUUAUAAACAGUAUCUGUAAAUAAAUUUUCGAAAAUUCAUUAA